AUGGAUAGUGACAUAGUAGUAAGAGAGGCCACGCCUCAGGACCUCGCGGUGCGCACAGAGCUCGUGCGGUGCAGCAUUGUGGAGUAUGAUCUCUCUGCAUUCUUCAUGUUAUUCUUUCAAGAGUUGACGCUGCACGUGUGCGUGCUGGGCGGCGCCGUGGUGUUCAUCUUCCUGGGCGGCGGGCCCGGCGCCGCCGCCGCGCUGCUGCUGGGCGUGGCGGCGCUGCUGGCGGGCGGCGCUGCGCUGGCGCACCGCGCGGCCGCGGCGCGGCUGGCGGCGCGCCUGCCGGCCGAGCUGUACGGCUGUGUGGCCGAGCGGCGCGGCCGCGUGCUGGGCACGGCCAGCGUGGCGGAGUGCUGGGGCCCGCGCCGCAGCGGCUGGCUGCAGGCGCUGGCCGUGGCGCCGGGCUGGCGGCGGCGCGGCGUGGCGCGCGCGCUGCUGGCGGCGGCGCGGGCGCGCGCGGCGGCCGAGGGCCUGGAGUCGCUGGAGGCGGCCGCCAGCCAGCUGCAGGCCGCCGCCACGGGCCUGCUGCACAGCGCGGGGUGCGUGCCGCUCCCUACUGCUCUCUGCAGGCGGCGACCUGUCUUACAGAGUGUGGCUGUCCGGCAGGUGGGAGAUGCGCGGCUCGUACCACCGGCCGCUGCUGGGCGCGGCGCUGACGCUGCCGAUGACUCGCAUGGGGCUCGAGCUGCCACACGCGUGAUGCCGGCCACCUCUACUGACUUCUCAUCGAAUCUCGAAAUACGUCGCAAUCAUUAUCAGCAGUAG